AUGCGUGCUGCUCGUGUCAGGCCCGCUGCUAUCUUGCCCUUUCUCUAUCCUCACACUUGGAGAUGCUGCUAUAGCGCACAAGCUACAAACUCUCACCAUGAUGCGUCUUCGAGUAUUCCUAUGCCGACCGUCAGUAAAGAAAUGGAAGCCAUCAUUGCUGAACGGCAAGCUCAGAAGCUACCCAUGAAGCGGCAGACGCCUGUACGCUCUUCGCAUGAAGGUACAAUGACAUUGGGAGAGCGCGAACGCUUCUCAAAGAUCUUUGAAACAAUUUUGUCCACCAAAGCUUCACUGUCGCUACCCAAGGAUGAGACGACCUUUUCAUUCCAUCCUGAUCCCGUCAAACAAGUCUCUGAACGAUCCGCUAUCAGCAGUCACGUCGAAGCAUCUGAGCAAGCUGCAAGAGACCACCUCAAAGCAUACCCGCCAGUCUUGAGACAGGAAGCAGAACAGGCAAUGACAAACUUGAAGCAACGAAAGCUAGCACGACAACGACAGCUCAAGUCGAGUGCUCUCCGGUCUGCACCAUUGUACAAAGCACUCAAGGAGCAGCUUCUUGAGUGCACAGACUCUCUCCUCCUGGAAGACUUUGUUCACGAACACAUCUUUGGGCCACUCAGACGCAACGAGAUUGACUUGGCAGACAAAGCGAAACGCAAGUCAUCCAUGGCCUUCUGCAAUGCAUAUCCGUUGAUCCUUGCAGAUGCCAUGCGAAUCUACAGGCUCUCCUACAAUGACCCUGCAGCAGCGAUUGACUUGUUUGAUCGUGUCAAGGCACAUGGUAUCACGAGUAUCGUCAUUGGCGCAAAUACUCUCGUCUACAAUGAAGUCCUGGCUGCUCGAUGGGAAGGCUGGCGCGAUGUUGAGUCUGUACUUGUAACGUUGGAAGAGAUGGAGCAGAAUGGAGUCCGUUGGGAUGAUGGGACUGCCAAUAUUUUGAAGAAGGUCAGCCAUGACAUCUUGACAGAAACACGCGCUGCCGGUGGUGCAGGUCUGUAUUGGCAGAGUGAGGAUCCAGUCAAGCUUGAAUCUUUCAACAAGAUUCGAUCGAGUAUUGUCUUGGAAAACACCGAGAGGACUAUUGAGAAGCUCAAAGAGGUGAAAAUUGAAGAGUAG